ACUACCGUAUCAUUAAAUAUCAAAGCUAUCCUACUAACUCCUCAAGGACUCGACGCCAUCGCACAUCUACAGCACAAUGCUUUCAAACUCAAUGCUCGCAGCCUCUCUCGUGUAUUUUAUUGCCUUUUAUGCUCAACCAAUUCUUGGUUUAACCGUCACCAGCCCUGCUGGAGGGGAUUUGUGGAACCCAUCGUCACCAUUGAAGGUCCAAUGGUCUUCCGUUUCAACUGACCCAUCGACCUUUGAUGUAAAGAUUAGCAACCAGGAUGCCAAUACGUUCCCCACUGGAUUUUCGCAAGAUCUUAAAAAGGGUGUUUCUGCCUCCGAUGGAUCCCUCAGUAUUAGUGACAUCACAGGUCUCAAAGACGGUCCGGGCUACACCGUGAACUUGAUUUCAGGCAGCAACGGCGCUAUUUUGGCUCAGUCUCAACCCUUCAAUGUGUCCACCAGUGGUACAUCUCAGGGCUCUUCUGCUGCUAACAGCAGUGAUUCAUCUGUUAAAGGCUCAUCUAACGCCACUACCUCGAACGCUACCACCUUAGGUUCCGUCAGUUCGACCACGGCGUCAAACGUAUCCGAACAUGUGAAUGCCACUGGCACCACUUCCAGUUCUCAAAACCACUCCUCUACUGAUUCUUCCAGCAAGCCUACCAGUGAUGGUAACAUGCUUCACCCCGGCCAUAUGAUGGGCUUGGUACUACUCGUUUCCAUCACCAUGAUUAUUUAAGCAAGUUCAACUCAAAGAUGCAUAGGAUGAAUUUCCAAAGAAAUUGAUCGAGUUCUCCUUCAGCCUUUGUGCACAUCUGCUCACAAAUCCCCACAGUCUUCAAAUGCUACUCGACUGUUUUUAAACUUGAGCAACGUCCUGUUGCGUUAUUGCUGUUUUUUUUCUAUUUUUACGAUGUUGCAUUUCCCUGUUCUAUCAUCUUAUAUAUUUCAUGACACGCGGAAUGCAUGAUGGUUUGACGAGUAUCACCUGU